CCAAUAACCGAUCAAUAUCUGAUACUCUGAUGUCAUCAUAACACUUAGUCAAACCUAGCUCAACAGUGUCCAUUAGCAGCACAAAGAAAAAAAAAUGGAAUUUCCCCAAACACAUUCUUGACCACACACACUCCAUGUCUAGUACAGUACUCAUCUAGCUUGUUUGCUUGUGAGUUCUCCUUUCUGCCCUCUGAGUCUCUCCUUUUAGUUUUUCCCCAAUCACCGUGAUUGAGGUUCUUUUUCUAUCCAAAGAUUUCCUGUUUAUGUUCCAGCGAUUCCGGAAUUCUUGUCCAGGGUUACCUUUUUUUUUCUGAAGCUGUUAGCUUUGGAAUUGGAAGUUUGGGACCUGUCGCCAUGUCAGAUCGGGGAACGAGCUCGAGCGUCUCCGGUGACACGGACGCGGACUCCGUGCCCACCGCCGACGCCGCCGCCCCGCUCUGGGCGCCGCACGGCCGCGCGCUCACGGGCUGCCUCGUCGUCGUCAACGUCGCGCUCGUCCUCCUCGUCUACCUCUACUUCUGGAGGGUGUUCUCGCGCAAGCGCGCCGCCGCUGCAGCCUCCGCGCGCAGCGACGACGACGACGACGACGACGAGGCGUCGUCCUCCGCCUCGGCUCCGCCCCCGGCCGCGGCGGCCGUCUCUGUGAGGACCCGGGACGACGUGCUGGCGUCGCUGCCCGUGUUCGUCGUGCGCUCGUCCGGCGGGGAGAAGGCGGAGGCGGAGGCGGAGUGCGCGGUGUGCAUCGCGGAGCUGAGGGACGGCGACGAGUGCCGCGCGCUGCCGCGGUGCGGGCACCGGUUCCACGCGUCGUGCGUCGACGGGUGGCUGCGGCUGCACACCACCUGCCCGCUCUGCCGUGCCAGCGUCGUCGCCCUCGCCGCCGCCCCGGAGCGCAAAGGUGGCGUGGCGGACACGACGGCGGCCGCGGAGGAUGUGGAUGCGCGUGUCUAGUCGCUAGAGCGCGCGUGUGCCAGCGUGUGAGCUCUCGCCGUCAGAGUUGGGUUGCUGUCGCCGCAUUUGUUGCUUGGACUUCGAAGAAUUGGAGGCACACGGCAACCAUGUCCAUCUGGCUUUGACAGUUCAUUGUGUCCAGAGUUCAUCGCUUUGCGGAGGAUUUGUUUCUCGCAUGACUCGUGUAAAGUUGGGAUGCAAAUGUAACGCUGUUUGCUGUUUGGUUGGUUAAAUAAAAACUUUUGGUGUCA